AUGAAGGAUGAAUUUUUUAAUGUUGUACAGAUCUUUGAAGAUGGAGGACCAGAUGGUAUUCACCCCAGUUCUGAAGGAAAUGCAGAAUUGCUGGCAAAGGAGGAGUUCUGCCGAGACUGGAGUGGAGGUAGUCCUUCGGAGAAUGCUGGAGGAGAUCUCAAGGAUGGCCAGCAUCACUAUGAAGGAGCUGUUGUAAUUCUUGAUGCAGGAGCUCAAUAUGGAAAAGUCAUAGACCGUCGAGUACGAGAACUGUUUGUCCAGUCCGAGAUCUUCCCUUUGGAAACACCAGCCUUUGCAAUCAAGGAGCAGGGAUUUCGGGCUAUCAUCAUAUCUGGAGGACCAAAUUCUGUGUAUGCAGAGGAUGCACCAUGGUUUGACCCAGCAAUUUUUACAAUAGGCAAACCUGUUCUUGGAAUCUGCUAUGGCAUGCAGAUGAUGAAUAAAGUAUUUGGAGGUACAGUGCAUAAAAAAAAUGUUCGAGAAGAUGGAGUGUUCAGCAUUACUCUUGAUAACACGUGCUCACUGUUCAGGGGACUUCAGAAGGAGGAAAUUGUGCUCUUAACACAUGGAGAUAGUGUAGAUAAAGUAGCGGAUGGGUUCAAAGUUGUUGCACAGUCUGGGAACAUUAUAGCAGCUAUAGCAAAUGAAUCAAAAAAACUGUAUGGAGCACAGUUCCACCCUGAAGUCAGCCUUACAGUGAAUGGAAAAGUGAUAUUGAAGAAUUUCCUUUAUGACAUUGCUGGAUGCAGUGGCACUUUCACAGUAGAAAAUAGAGAAGUUCAGUGCAUUCAAGAGAUUAAAGAGAAAGUGGGUGCAUCAAAAGUCCUGGUUUUACUCAGUGGUGGUGUGGACUCAACAGUAUGUACUGCUCUUCUGAAUCGGGCUUUAAACCAAGAUCAAGUUAUAGCUGUACAUAUAGAUAAUGGAUUCAUGCGCAAGAGAGAGAGUCAGUCUGUGGAGGAGGCCCUUAAAAAGCUUGGAAUUCAAGUCAAAGUGGUAAAUGCAGCUCAUUCAUUCUACAAUGGUACAACAACUCUGCCAAUCUCUGAUGAAGACCGAACUCCGCGAAAAAGAAUUAGUAAGACUUUAAAUAUGACAACAAGUCCUGAGGAAAAAAGAAAAAUUAUUGGUGACACCUUUGUGAAGAUUGCCAAUGAAGUAAUCGGAGAAAUGAAUCUGAAACCUGAAGAGGUCUUUCUUGCUCAGGGAACCCUAAGACCUGAUCUUAUUGAAAGUGCUUCCCUUGUUGCAAGUGGUAAAGCUGAAGUUAUUAAAACUCACCACAAUGAUACAGAACUGAUCAGAAAGCUGAGAGAAGAGGGUAAAGUGAUAGAACCACUGAAAGACUUCCACAAGGAUGAAGUGAGAGUGCUAGGGAGAGAACUUGGUCUUCCUGAAGAGCUGGUCUCAAGACAUCCAUUCCCAGGUCCUGGCCUAGCCAUCAGAGUAAUAUGUGCUGAAGAACCUUAUAUUUGCAAAGACUUUCCUGAAACUAACAAUAUUUUGAAAAUAGUAGCAGACUUUUCUGCCAGUGUUAAAAAGCCACAUACUCUGUUACAAAGGGUCAAAGCAUGCACAACUGAAGAGGACCAGGAAAAGCUGAUGCAGAUUACAAGCCUACAUUCACUAAAUGCCUUUUUGCUGCCAAUCAAAACUGUGGGAGUGCAGGGUGACUGUCGCUCAUACAGUUAUGUAUGUGGGAUCUCCAGUAAGGAUGCUCCACACUGGGAAUCUCUCAUGUUCCUCGCCAGGCUCAUACCACGCAUGUGCCACAACAUAAACAGAGUUGUCUAUGUGUUUGGUCUGCCAGUCAAAGAACCUCCUACAGAUGUAACACCUACUUUCCUGACCACAGGAGUUCUCAGUACUUUACGCCAAGCUGAUUUUGAGGCUCAUAAUAUUCUCAGGGAGUCUGGUUAUGCCGGAAAAAUCAGCCAAAUGCCAAUAAUUCUGACGCCAUUGCAUUUUGACCGAGACCCCCUUCAGAAGCAGCCUUCCUGUCAGAGAUCUGUGGUUAUUCGAACCUUUAUUACUAGUGACUUCAUGACUGGUAUUGCAGCAACUCCUGGCAAUGAGAUUCCAGAAGAGGUUGUGUUGAAAAUGGUGACAGAAAUUAAAAAGAUUCCUGGUAUUUCUCGGGUGAUGUAUGAUUUGACAUCAAAACCGCCAGGAACUACUGAGUGGGAGUAAUUAACUUUUUUUUUCUAUUAAAGUACUGUAUGCAGUUUAAAUUAUAUCAGAAACCAUUCCCAGUGUUGACAUGCAGUACUGUGAAAAGUGACUGGAGCUGCUACAUCACAUCCGAUUCCUCUCCUGGAGCAUAAAUCUGCAGUUAAGAGCUGUUGGGCAUAACUAAGUGGGGCUGAGGAUUUGUACGGGUAAAUAAUCAUGGCAGCAUUGCCUGUGCGCAGAUGAAUUCAUAUUGCUUUUGCCUUUUUGUCUUACUGAUUCUCCCUGUUUUUCAUGUGUUUUAUUGUUACUGUCAUUUCAAUGUCUCUUUGUUUUUGUACACUGUGUAAGGGACAGUUUAUUUACUUUUAACAAACUCAUUGUUACGGCCUAAAAAUGUAAUAUGGAUACUUAAUGUGACCAACUGCUUUUGAACAGAUUUAUUAUAAAUAAAUAUUUUGCCAAAUGGAAUAGUGGGUACUGUUGAGUUGUGGAAUUAAUGUGUAUCUGUUUGUUGUGUACUGUUAAGCCUGUUAUGUACUGUUUGAAGUAUUAGCCCAUGGCAAUAAUAUUGAAUUCCAAAAGAGUGAUGCUAGAGUAAUAUGAAAUGACCUUCCAUCUUUCUGUGCUCACUCCUUCCAUUGCUCUUUGUAAGAUUAAACAUGUAUAUAGGUGACAAACAUGUCUCAUCAAACUUUGAUAUACACUUAACUUGUAUAUACAUAUAUAAAAUUGCAGACAAUAUUUAAGUCUGCAGUGUCCAGGAAAAAUGGUAAUAAUGGGAGUGAAAUUUUAAAUGGCUUGUCAGAAACCCCAGAUCUUUAAAUCAUAGCUUAAGUUUUCAGUUUCAAACCCCUACACAAUGAUCAACCCCCUGUUCCAUGGCUUGGCCAAGUGCUUUUGUUUAUAUUUUGACGUUUGUUUCCUAGAAAUUUUUGUUUUUUAUGGGGAAAUAUUUGUAUAUGUUGUAUCUAGUUUUUUUUGGGUUGUUUUUAAAGAUUAGCAUCUCAUUUAGUGUAGAGUUAAUUCAGUAGAGGUGAUUUAGCCAGUCAGAAUACAGAUUAAUGCAGUCCUUUAUGUACUGUGGUUUAUUUAGUAAAGUCAGCAAUAACUUGUAUAAAGGGUGUGAUUAACAUCAAACCCUACCCGUGCUUCUCUAAUAUGUCUCGGCUAAAAGUCAAGUUUUUUGAUCGCUCGGGUCUAGUUGCAGUCCUCUUUUUGUAAGUGUUUAUUUUUAUAGCUAUGGAAGGUCCUGACCUGAGCAGCUUUACUAGAUACGUGCAGGGCUAGAACCUUAAUUACGUAGUCAGGUUCAUUUUCUUGAAUGACCAUUUUUUUUUUUAAACAGUUGUAUUUCAUUCAGCUGUGAAAUAACCUUAUUUUUAUGGGGUUUGGUUAUAUUUGUUGAAUAUAGUCUAUAAGGCAUGAGAAUUCAUAAGACAUUUUUCCUUAUAUAAAUUCUUGAACUGGAAUAAUAGUGGGUAAAUGUUUAACAUAAUAUUCUGAUUGCACAGUUUCUCCAUUUUUAGUAUUGGUGCACAAACAUACUGUAAAAAAUCAGCUUUUCAUCUUUAUUUUUUAGAACAAGUCAGCUGUACCUAAUGUACUCUUGCCUAAGCCAGCUGAGUGUUGUGCAUCAUGCAGGGUGGUAUAUCAUUGCAGCUUUUCCAGCUUUUUGAAAAUUCUUGUGGCUACUUGACUUAGAUACAACCGGAAGGAAGGCAACAGGCUUUAGAGACCAGAGCAUAUGAUUUGAUGUCCUGUCCCAACUCUGCUACCAGCAUCUUCAAAAACCACAGGGAAGUUGUGUAAACUUAACUUCCAACGUGCUUCAGUUGUCUCACUUGGAUAUAAUAAAACACCCAUUCUUCCAGAACAGUUAAGCUCUUUAAAUGGAAACUGCUGUGUAGGUGAGGUAUUAUAUAAUUACUAACUUUUAUUUUGUAUAUAUGUAAUGUAACAUUAUCAGAAUCUGAUCUGUAAAAACUCAAAUUAGAGUAAUUUGAAUGACUAAAAAUUAACAGAUAUUCAGUGUGACAAAAUAUUUUAAACCUUUUAUGGUUCUAUUCAAAACAACCAGUCAAACUCUCUGGUAGUUGAAUUUAAAAAAAAAAAUGAUGAAAUUGUCCUUGUACUAUAUUUUUAACUUUUUGAGGAUGGUUAUUUUCAUGAUUGGUACUGUCUCAUGCAUAAUGUGUUACAAGCACAAGUAGGACAUUCACAAUUUGGUGUGCAGUAGAGGGUACGUCUUUAAUUACAUAUCCUUCAUUGCUUAUUGUGAGUAAACUUGCUAGUAUUGCAGCUGCCACCAGCUCUGUGAAUGCCCUGCUAAAUUAGACUUUGCCAGCAAAUAGGGGAAAAUGAGGAAGGAUUAUUAUCAAAAUUAGAGAAUCUCUCUUAAUUUAAGAGUAAGGCUUUUUCUCACUUGUGUGUGUGUGUAUAAUAUAUUAUGAGACUAUAUAUGUAUAUGUAGCCUCAUAAGGCAGUUCAGAGACCUAUAUAAUACACAGUUCUAUGUCCAUAGCACUUUCAUCUGACUUCACCCUUAAGUGUUUGACAGAAUAUUUGAACAGAUUAUUUCUAAUGUUUGCUGCAUGUCAGAUAUUGGUAAGUCAAACUGUCAUAAGAGUUUAAUCUCAACUACAGGUAUAGUAUAUAUCCCUGUAUGCAGUGCGUGUAUUAAAGUUGGUACACUUUGAUUGUGGUAGGUUGCUUUUCAGGUCUUCAUUAAUAAAGUGGAGCUAGACAACAAUCCCCAUGCUUUUUCAGGAAUAUUUUUUUCCCCCUUUUAAAACUGAAAAAUAAAUACUCAAGUUCUUUAGGUCAAAAUACUGCACUAUAAACCAAAUGUCUUAUCAAAAUAAAAUUCCUGAGGCUUAAAAUAUUCCUGCAUUUUUGUGCUGUACACUUCUGAAGCAUUGGGUUAUUUUUAGUGAGGUUGACAUGGGUCCUCCCAACAGUUCUUGAAUAUAUUUUAUGGAAUCCACGUAUAUACACGGCCUAAUGGCGGAGAGGAACAUAACACUUUAUCACAAAGUUGAAAAUAAAUUUAUGGAAUAGCUUACCAAAACCAUAACUGUAGCUGCCUCGUUCACUUCAAAUCUUCAGAGAGACAUGUCAACAUUUAAAGAGGAAUUUGUAUUUGGGUACUUUCCAUCAUUCUCAAUUUUUAAGAUUUUCUGCUUGUGAAAUUAUAAAGUACUGUGAGCCUUAAUUUUUAUCCACAAAUAAAACUAUUAUGUUUAAAUA